AUGCACGUUGUGGUCGUGAAGAAGUAUGUUCUGGUCGUGAAGACGUACGUUGUGGUCGUGAAGACGUAUGUUCUGGUCGUGAAGACGUAUGUUCUGGUCGUGAAGACGUACGUUGUGGUCGCGAAGACGCAUGUUGUGGUCGUGAAGACGUACGUUGUGGUCGUGAAGACCCAUGUUGUGGUCGUGAAGACGUAUGUUGUGGUCGUGAAGACGUAUAUUUUGGUUGUGAAGACGUAUGAUGUGGUCGUGAAGACAUACGUUGUAGUCGCGAAGACGUAUGUUGUGGUCGUGAAGACGUAUGUUCUGGUCGUGAAGACGUACGUUGUGGUCGCGAAGGCGUAUGUUGUGGUCGUGAAGACGUACGUUGUGGUCGUGAAGACGUAUGUUGUGGUCGUGAAGACGUAUGUUGUGGUCGUGAAGACGUACGUUGUGGUCGCGAAGACGCAUGUUGUGGUCGUGAAGACGUAUGUUCUGGUCGUGAAGACGUAUAUUUUGGUUGUGAAGACGUAUGAUGUAGUCGUGAAGACGUACGUUGUGGUCGUGAAGACGUUUCUCAAUAGGUUUAACCCUGGAGCUUGA